AUGCAAAAAGAUCAUCACUGCUACUACAAACCAAGCCCAUCACUGAGGAAGCAUCAGCAAGGCACAGGGAUAUCACACUCAACUAGCAUCAUGGCUACCAGGACGCAAUUUGAGAACUCAAAUGAAAUCGGCGUGUUCGCCAAGUUAACAAACACCUACUGUUUGGUGGCGGUCGGUGGAUCAGAAAACUUCUACUCGGAAUUCGAGGCUGAGUUGGGAGACUCCAUACCGAUUGCACAUACAACUAUCGCCGGCACACGUAUCGUGGGUAGAAUGACAGCGGGUAACCGUAGAGGCUUGCUGGUCCCCACCCAAACUACAGACCAAGAACUACAUCAUCUCAGAAAUAGUUUGCCAGAUUCUGUCAAGAUCCAAAGAGUGGAGGAGAGAUUAUCAGCAUUGGGAAACGUCAUCUGUUGCAACGACUACGUGGCACUGGUACAUCCAGACAUCGACAGAGAAACCGAAGAAUUGAUAAGCGAUGUCUUGGGUGUGGAAGUGUUCCGUCAGACCAUUUCCGGCAACAUUUUGGUCGGAUCCUACUGUGCAUUAAGUAACCAGGGUGGCCUAGUUCACCCCCAGACCAGUAUCCAGGACCAGGAAGAACUGUCGUCUUUGCUGCAGGUGCCACUUGUCGCGGGAACAGUAAAUCGUGGUAGCUCCGUGGUCGGUGCUGGUAUGGUCGUGAACGACUACUUGGCCGUCACAGGUCUAGAUACAACUGCUCCGGAAUUAAGCGUCAUUGAAAGCAUUUUCCGCUUGCAAGAUGCCCAACCAGACUCUAUUUCUGGGAACCUACGUGACACCUUAAUCGAAACCUAUUCAUAA